AUCGCAGCAAAUACACCCCUGCUGAUAGUCCGGCCGAUGCAUUUCUCGCCCGAGACGCGAUAAUGCUAUGGUCUCAAACGCUGGACGCUCACAAAGGAACAACCCCCCAUCAGCACGGGAGAUUGCGCCAUCGGACCACGGCUUUCGUGAUCGCCCGCCAACAGCAGCAGAACUGGCUCACUCAGGCAUUAUGCAUCCAGGCACGCCAUCCUCUCCACUCUUUGCAAGUGCAGGGGAAGAGUCAAUGAUCAUCGCGUGCAGGAACGAAUUCUGGAACCAUGGCUGGACCGAUGCGCCGAUGCGCCGAGGGGUAGAGGGGGAGGUAGCGGGGUUGCAUGCAUAGAAAUCCCAACAGACCUCUAUAGUCACUCACUCUCCACGGACACAAGACCACGAGCAGUCCCUCACAAUGGCUCUCACCCAACACCCCCCGACCACGAUCCCCCUCGACAUCUUCCCGGACGGCCUCAAAACCACCGGCCAACACCCCCCGCUCUACGAACACAUCCACCCCUUCGACCGCUUCCCCCAGCAAAUCACCGGCCCGACCGUCUGGAAGCCCGAGGACUACCGCGAGCACCCGGAGAAAUGGACCCAUCGAUUCACCGCGGAAGAGGUCGAGGAGCUCUCGACGGCGGCGGACGCCUUCCUGGCGAAUAAGAUCCCGUUGACGGGAAUCAGCAAGACCAACUUCCCCCUCCCCACCCUCUCCACCCGGCUACACACCCUGCGCGAAGACCUGCUCAACGGCAAAGGCUUCAUCCUCUUCAAAGGCCUCCCCGUGCACGCCUGGGGCAACCACAAGUCGGCGGUCGCGUACAUGGGCCUAGGCACGUACCUGGGGUAUUUUGUCUCGCAGAACAGCCGCGGCCACGUCCUGGGGCACGUCAAGGACCUCGGCGAGGAUCCCACGCAGAUCGACUCGGUGCGCAUCUAUCGCACGAAUGCGCGACAAUUCUUCCACGCCGACGACUCGGACAUCGUGGGGCUGCUGUGCAUCCACCGCGCGCGCGAGGGCGGCGAAUCCGACCUCGUCUCCUCGCACCACGUGUACAACACGCUCGCCACGGAGCGGCCGGAUGUGCUGAAGACGCUGACGGAGCCGAUCUGGUACUUCGACCGGAAGGGCGAGACCAGCCAGGGCGAGGAGGAGUGGAUCCGCACCAGUGUGGUGUAUCUGGAGCGGGAGAGUGCUGGUGCCGAGCCGAGGGUGUAUACCAAAUGGGACCCGUACUACGUCCGCUCGCUGACGCGCUUCUCGUCCACGGGGCUGAUCCCCGCGCUCAGCGCGGCCCAGACCGAGGCCCUCGAGGUGCUGGAGGCCACCUGCAACCGGCUGGCGUUGCACAUGAUCCUCGAGGUGGGCGACAUCCAGUUCCUGGCGAACUCGCACGUGCUGCAUGCGCGCACGGCGUACGUGGACCACGCGCCGCCCACGCCGCGGCGGCAUCUGAUGCGGUUGUGGUUGGCGACGCCGGAGAGUGAGGGCGGAUGGCGGUUGCCGUUCUGGGACAGUAAUGAGAAGAAGCGCGGGGGCAUUCAGGUCGAUGAUCAGCCGCCCGUGGCGCCUUUGGAUGCGGAGUAGAUUCGUUCCGUGGUUGAUUUGGUUGUAAGAUUUAGCUUAGCCGGG